UUCACCGCAAGCGAGUCUUUGAUUCUCUCCUCUCAGGGUUAGGGUUUCCUGCAUCUUCUGUUAUCGUCUUUCGCAAGGAAAAGAAGUGGGAGGAUGAGUUCUACAGGAACCAAGGGCGGGCGUGGGAAGCCCAAGUCAUCGAAGUCGGUAUCUCGAUCGCAGAAAGCCGGUCUGCAAUUUCCGGUGGGGAGGAUCGCCCGAUUUCUCAAAGCCGGAAAGUAUGCGGAGCGAGUCGGUGCGGGUGCCCCCGUCUACCUUUCUGCCGUUCUCGAGUAUCUCGCAGCCGAGGUUUUGGAAUUGGCUGGGAAUGCGGCGAGGGACAAUAAGAAGAAUAGGAUCGUGCCAAGGCAUAUCCAGUUGGCGGUGAGGAACGAUGAAGAGUUGAGCAAGCUCCUGGGGACCGUCACGAUUGCUAAUGGUGGAGUUUUGCCCAAUAUCCACCAGGUCCUCCUCCCGAAGAAGGCGGGAAAGGGCAAGGAUGAGCCUGGCUCUGCCUCUCAGGAGUUCUAGACGCUUCACUUUUCUCCUUCUUCCAAGUAUUUUCGUUUGUUUUUGGUGGGGAUCCGGAAUGGGUAGAGUGGUGUAGACGAACUUCUGUUAUUAGGAUUUUCAUCCUGUAUAUUCCUUUUGAAGUUGAUGGAAAAUACUGAUGGUUGAUUUUGGGCUUCCUUGGCUUUGUUUCUUGAUCAAAUAUGAUAUAAAUUGGCAUCAAAUCUCAUUCUCA